AGGAUGCUUUGGGGCGGAUGGGGAGAGGGGGCAGUGAGAGCGAGGCAGAGGUAGAGAGGGUGAGCUUCCAUGACAAGGGGACGAAGGAACCACUGAUCCUUUUUCUCUUCGCAUUUCACCUUUAGGGGAAAGAAAGAAGUGUAGAAAAGGGGCAAAAGAAAAAAAAAGGAUAUGAAAAGAACAUGAAAGAAAGAAAUCGUCAUUAGACGCACUACAAAGUUCUCUCUUUCCCUCUCUUCCUCCAUCUCGCACCUCUCUCAAUUUAAUCUUAAAUCCACUCCAAUUUCCCCCGAGGGACUCUAUUCUCUCUUUUCCUUGAGAGACAGAAGGAGAGGGGUCCAUUCCUCCUGGUAGAGUGACACCAGGUAUUUCCUCUCUCUCCCGCUACUCUGACCCAUCCUCCCCUCCACCAUGACACUACUGGCCUCCGAGAGGUCGCUUCUCAUCCGGAACAAGUUCCGCUCAGUCCUGCAGUUGAGGAUUCAGAACCGAAGGCAGAGUGAAAUCAAUGCAGACUGUGGGUUGAAAUCUACUUGUCCCACUAAAAAAGACCAGAGUGAAGCUCUGCGUCUAACUGACGAUGGUGCCGCUCAGAAGUUGCCCCCUAGUGGUCUGAAUACUGAAACUGCACAAGAGAGGACUGUGUGCGGGGCCCAGAGGCAGAAGAAGGCUCGCCAGACGCAGGACCUCAUUGAGAGGAUCCAACGUCCGCCUGGGCCUGUGGAGCAACAGCACGAACACACACUGCCCCUGGAGAACCGCUCUGCCUCUUUCCCUCUGUCCGCUGAUGUCUUCGAAGAUGACAUUUCCUCCUGCUCCUCCUCCUCACCCACUGAUCAACAUGGUGUUCACCAAUCACCAGCCUUUUCUUCAUUGCCAGGGCUCUCAGGUGAUCAGUUACUGAGUGACUUCUCAGCUGUGGGCCCGCCCCUUAACCACAGCCCUGGUCAUGCUCAGUCUGGUUUGGCGUUGCUCCCGGCAACCGAGGGCAUCAGACAACCUACACUGAGUGAAUCAAACUCCAUAGCAACAACUGGGAGACCAAAUGGGAUGUAUUUGACCUCUCAGACCACACCCCUGCUGCCAAAGACAGCUCGGCCUCCCAGCCCCACCUGCUCUUCCUCACUGCCCCCCUCCCUCAACUUCAACCAUCUCCCCCGCCCACGGAAACCGCGGGACACCAAACCCAAAAUGAGGAAACUUAAAUAUCACCAGUACAUUCCUCCAGACCAGAGAGGAGGGUCUGGGACUGGAGGAGGAGCCAAACAGAAGAGCCCUACUCCUACCCAGUCUUUAGACCCAGCCUACUCCCAUCUCCUGAAGCAGCAGCAGGUCUUCCUCCAGCUGCAAAUCCUACACAACCAGCAGCAGCAGCAGCAGCAGCAACAGCAACAAACACAGCAACAGCUACAGCCACAACAACAGCUCCCUGUUGGAUCCAGUGGAGAUCACAGUGAUCUUGUGAAGUCCUCUGGAGCCAUGCCUCUGAAUCCCCAACCUGUUCCCGCUACAACAAACCACACCCCUACAGACACAAACCCUGUGUCCAAGCCUGAGCUUCUCCCCGCAAAUCUCGUUGAUCUAACAGUGUCAGAGUUGCGGCAGCAGCUGCGUAAGCGAGGCCUCCCCGUCUCCGGCACCAAGCCUGCUCUGUUGCAGCGUCUCCGCCUGUUUCAGCUUCCCCACUCUUGCCUCACCCCUGCUCCCCUCUGCCAGCUGAGUACCAGCUUGGAGCCCCUCACCACCUGCCCCCCACUGCCACCCAACCAGAGCCCCGGCUCAAGCUCCAGCUCUGGACAAGACUCCCCCAGCAGCAGCCCGAACCAACAGAUGUACGUCCAGGACAGGGGAGUUCCUAAUGGCACUCUCAGUGACACUCAAAAUGGAGUUCAAAACGGAAAUCUGAACAAUGUGCCGAAUGGUUUCUCGAGUGCUGCGUCAGUCAGUUUGGCAGGUGAACAUUGUCUUUCCAACGCUGUCUUCUUGACUCCUGCCAGCACUGCCUCAGGAACUCCAAGUCCCAGUCUACCCAUGUCGUCCUCCUCGCCCCUGCAGUGUGGGACUCCCUGGAGAACUGACAACGAGCAGCAGCAGCAACAGCAGCAGGAGCUGAGUGUGGAGCUGGAGAUGAGGGAGAGGUUACGGAGCAGGCCCAGGGACCGCUCCACUAACAUCGGAGACGAGUCUUGUGGAGGAUCCCUUCAUCCUUUCCUGCAACAGGAUCCUGGAUGCUCCAUAGGGAAGCCAGAAACAGACGGACAGACAGAGGUGUUGUUUACACAGGUGUUUUGCUGCCAACCGUGUGAUGUCAUUGGCCAGGAUUUUGAGCUGCCAGUGCAGAUUACAGCCAGUCCAAUUCGGACCUUGCCUGGUGUUCGCAGCUUGGAGGAAGAGCUGCAGGAGGCUAUUCAGAAAGCACAGAUGGACCCUCGGCAGUCCAUAGAUGACAUUCUGGAUGAGCCCAUAACUUGUGUUGGCUCUGUCAAUGUCUGUGAUCAUGAAUCCCCUGCCCACUCGGUCCCUGGCUCUUCGCCUCUUCCUCCUCAAGCCGAUCAGUCCCAGGCCUCCCAGCAGCACAAGGAUGACAGUUUCCUGCCCUCACCUCUUUGCUCCUCUCUCCUGCUGGAGCUCCCUCCAUCUCCUGCUGUAAUAAACCCCAGCCAGGUGAUCCCAGCACCUCCCCCACCCCCCAUCUGUACCUCCCCUCUGCCGUCCACUGGGAGGUCACGGAAACGACGAGCUCCGACAUCGUUUGACGCUGCUGAUUGGCUUGAAACACUGACGUCCGGCCUCCGCCCUCUUACUCCGCCGACAGCUCCUUUUGUUGAGUCAGACUUCAGUCUGGAUUCAGAUCUGAAUGUCAGUCGAGUGUUGGAUCUAAUGGUAGAACAGUGGUGAGGAUUUGUGUGGGCAUAUCUGUUUGUAUGUACAGUAGGUGAGCGUUUUUGAUGAUCAUGAAUGGGGCAAACAUGCAUCCCACUGAGGGCACAAGAUUGUGAAAAGCCUCCAUCAGUUCCACCCAUCAUUGAAAGGCUGUCAGAGUCACUGGCUCCACGCAAUGUCGAGAGCUGGAUUCAUUUCAGCGAACAGAUUAAACAUGGCUUUGAUGGGGCAACAAGAGCACAAACACAUGCACACACAUAUACACUGCAGAGCACUGUUUAAAAGCACUUGGGCUCAGCCAGAAAUGGCAAACAAACAACACAUCUGUGGAUUGACACACUCCACAGCACAAUGUUUGCAGUGCAAAACAGAAAACCUGGUGGCAUAUUAAUUUAAACAUGCUUCCUGGCUGCACUGGGAGAAUGUUGUUUCUGACUUAUCUCCAAAACCCGUUGUCGGAUUGGGUUGAGUGUGGCCCCUGGUGUUGACUCAGUCAUUGAGUCCUAGCCAUUCAUAAAGCCCAUUUAGAGUGUGUAAAAGCCAGACAGAACACACAGCUUGUGUGUGGCUCCAGACCUUAACCUCGGUGCCAGACACACAGUCGGCAUGCAGAGGGAGAAAGCUGGCAGAAGCUGCAAACAAGCAGUGUGUGUGUGCGUGCUCGCGUGUAUGUGCAAAUGUGUGUGAAAGCUUGUGUGUUAAGUACUGUAUGUGUGUGUUCAAUGUCUGACUGUGCGUGACUGAGCACACAAGGCUGCUUCUGUUUUGUACGUGUCAACACCCAACUGCUUCCAUGUAUUAUUAGCACCUAAUACUAAAUGCACUUGUAGUCAUUUGUUUGCUUACAAUUCGGUGUGCCUGUUGUGUGUGUGUGGUAUGAUUGAACUGUGAGAAGAUACGUGUGAAUGACACAGCAAAAAAAGCUGUGCAUUUCUGUGUCCACAUUUCAGACCAGACAUUUCAUUGUAGACUUAUUGCCAGCAGGCAGUAACUCCAGUGUAGUUAUCCAGUGUAAUCAUCAGAACAGCCACAUUACCUUGUUCAAGUCACCGAUCUCCAGGAGAGCAAUCAGGCAACCACCCCAAAAAUAGUCCCAAUUCAAAUGCUCCAAUCAGAAGUAAGAGUUCCCUCAUCGCUUUGCAAAAACAGGUGGUCAUUUUGUUCCCUGAUUAACCCCCAACAGUGUCUGGCCCGCUGCACUCUGCUUACCCUGCUACUAGCAAAGCCAGAUUUAGCACAAUUUAUAACCCAACACCAAGGCCACACCUGUGCACUUAGUAUAAAUUAAUUCCACACAUGUAUUAUUUGACAUCAUUAAAUCUUUGCUGUACAUUUCAAUGUAUGAAACGACCAUUUAUAUUAAGAGAAAAUGCACUAUAGAAUUAGCACAAAAUAAUGUUUGGAGAAUAUGAAAGAUGGGCAGGGGUGAGCUUGUCAGUUGAAGCUGAUACAGUAAAUACUGUACAUUUUCUUAAUGGUGACAGAUAUCUUUCUUUUAUAAUCUACAUUAUUUACUGGUCAUGCAGAAAUGGGCACAUUAUUUGUUUUGCAUAAUACAAUUUUAGUAAGUUAGGUCCAUUCUCAACCCAACUUAACAUAAUGACAUUAAUGAAAAAAAAAUCUGACAGAGGUUAGCUGCCAUUAACCUCUGUCGUGCAGAUAAAUGUAACUAAUGUAGUCUACAGGAAUUUAUAUUCCGCCCUUAAUUGGCUGCAUGGCCCAUCAAUCAUUUUGGAGAGCUCUGAUUGGCUCAUUUAUACAGUAUCUGGAACAUUUGUAUUAUUUAUUAUUAUUUAUUAACUGGACAUCCUUCUGUAAGAACUUUAUUUUGAAGAAAAAUGAAACAGCUUUGCCCCCUCCUCAGUCUCUAAAGUGUUGUGUUAGAAUAAAGGUUAUGUGCUGAGUGCCAUAUGAUUUGUGUAAAGGG